CGCGCGGGAGCCCGGAACCCGGAAGCACCCGCGCGGCACACCCUGGGCUGGCGGGCCCAGGUCUCCGGAGGCCUGGUGGGGUGGUCAGGCCACCUCCUCCCGCAACCGAAGCUCCAGGGCCCUCUUCAGAAAGGGGCGCGGACGGGCGGCUGGAGGAGACCCCGCAGAUGCCCACGUGACGGGCGCCCCGGCCCCACCCGGGCUGUCUCUGGCCUGCAGGAAGCAUGGGCAUGCUCAGGGCUGGAUUGUGCCCUGGCCUCACCGAGGAGAUGGUGCAGCUGCUGAGGAGCCACAGGAUCAAGACAGUGGUGGACCUGGCCUCAGCAGACCUGGAGGAGGUAGCCCAGAAGUGUGGCUUGUCUUACAAGGCCCUCGUUGCCCUGAAGCGGGUGCUGCUGGCUCAGUUCGCAGCUUUCCCCUUGAAUGGCGCGGACCUCUAUGAGGAACUGAAGACCUCGACUGCCAUCCUGUCCACCGGCAUUGGAAGCCUGGAUAAACUGCUGGAUGCUGGUCUCUAUACUGGAGAAGUGACCGAAAUUGUCGGAGGUCCAGGUAGCGGCAAAACCCAGGCCAGGCCCUCCUCUCUCAGGCUGGUUCCCCCAGCGGCCAUCCCUCCUCAGGUGUGUCUCUGCGUGGCUGCGCAUGUGGCCCACAGCCUGCACCAGAAUGUCCUGUACAUUGACUCCAAUGGAGGGCUGACGGCCUCGCGCCUCCUCCAGCUGCUGCAGUGCAGAACCCGGGAUGAGGAGGAACAGGCAGGAGCUCUCCGGAGGAUCCAGGUAGCACAUGCAUUUGACAUCUUCCAGAUGCUGGACCGACUGCAUGACCUCCGAGGCGCUGUGGCCCAGCAGGUGAGCGGUUCUUCAGGGACUGUGAAAGUGGUGAUUGUGGACUCAGUCACUGCUGUUGUCUCCCCACUUCUGGGAGGUCAGCAGCGAGAAGGCUUGGCUUUGAUGAUGCAGCUGGCCAGAGAGCUGAAGACCCUGGCCCGGGACCUCGGCAUUGCAGUGAUGGUGACCAACCACAUAACCCGAGACAGGGACAGUGGGAGGCUCAAACCUGCUCUCGGACGCUCCUGGAGCUUCGUGCCCAGCACCCGGGUUCUCCUGGACAGCAUUGAGGGAGCAGGCACAGCAGGCCGGAGCCAGCGCAUGGCAUGUCUGACCAAGUCACCCCGUCAGCCAACAGGGCUGCAGGAGGUGGUAGACAUCAGGACCUGGGGGACUUCAGAGCAGGGCGCUGCCUUACAGGAAGAGCAGACAUGACUGGUGUCGGUGAUUGGGGAGUAGGGAAGCGUGGAAUGACGGACCGCUCACUGCCACCCAGUGCCUGGGACUGCGGGAGUUCACAGGCUGCCCAGGGGUCCCAUCACCACGGAAGCACACUGAGCAGUGGACCAGAGAAUGCUGCAGUGGGAGGCCCAGAAUUCCAAGCUGCUAUCAAGUCCCUUCCUUCAGGCCUACAGUUUGCAGAGGGAGUCAAAUUCACCCUGGCAGGGGGCAUCUCUGAAGAGGCCAAGCUAGUGACUGGGUGAAUAGUCCCAGGUGCCACCGUCAGAGCCUGUGCUUAGGCCUUGCACUGGGCUUAACCCACAAAGCCAUGAGGUUGCCUUUGCUUCCCUCCUGUCUUUUCUCUCCCCUCUCCCCUCCCUGCUCUCACCCCUCUCCCUUCUCUCCUCUUCCCAUCUCUUUCUCUGUGUUUGCCUGUUUUUGUUUUGGGGAUUCCCUUUCCCUCACCUCUGCCUCUGAGUUACUGAGUGGAAAACCUCAUAAAUGCAAAAUGCUUCUUCAUCUGUUCUGCUCUUAACAAAAUAUAAAAAAGAAAUUCCUGGAGCCCCAGAGCCAUAUGAUUUUCCCCCCUAGAAGGUUGUUUUUCCUUUUCCCCAGUGAGCCCCCCAAACAAAGACUGGUAUUCCUUUAUUCUUUUUGAUUCCACUUCCCACACCUGCAUGCGUCAUCAUGACUAGGUGAGACUGUGGGCUUGAUGCUGUCCCAGGGGUAUAAUUUGACAGGAAGGAAGGAUGUGACCUGCUCCUACUGAAUCCAGCCACUUGUUUAAUGUGCCUGAUGCCCUGUAGGGCCCUUCCACAGCACAGAGUAACCAGAGGUGCGGAACCAUGGCCUUGCCCGUAAACAGACAGGAGAAUUUGCACAAUAAAUAGAGCCAGCUGGGAAAAUUGAUGCUGGCGUAAAUAAUACAUGGCAAAUGUAGUCUUUUAUGUAGAAAUUCAUUGCUGGUAGCUCUGAGAUGCAGUAUAAUUACAUCUCUCUUCCUGCCAGCUGUACCACUGCCUUGUGCCUUAGUGUAUAAAAUAACCCCCUUGUCUGUUACCAACACUGUGACCAUCCGUAACCCUAGCUGGUAGGGGAAGAUGACAUUAGGGAAUAGAAAAUAAAAGUAAAGAAAAAUGAUCAGGGUUAUUUACUGACCACUGUAUACUUGUUUGGAGUUUUUGGUUUGGCUUUUUUUGCUUUCAUUGUGGCAAUAGUGGGGGUGGAACUUGGAUCUGUAGUGUGCUAGGCAAUGGUCCACCACUGAGCUAUGUGCCCAAUCCAGGGCUGCAUUUUUUAAAGGGAAACUCUCCUUGGUUCAGGAGGGUAUUGUAUAAUUAGUUGUGUCUUAGCUGAGGAAAAGGGGUCAGAGAUAUACUUAACCCAGUGCGGCAUUUGUGGGCGAUGGAUGCAGCAGAGCUGGAAGUGGGGUGCAGGGUGGGGAAUGAAUGGCAGACUGGUUCAAGGUAUCUGAGAGUGCAUGGGGCUGGUGACUGAACCCUGGUACUUGGUUUCACAGGAGAAGUCCAUCUUCAGCAUCUGUGUCAUGUACAGCUGGCAUAUUCCUGCAGCCAGAGUAAGAAGCAUUUCUUUGAGCUAGGAACAGCGAAUCCCUACCACACAUGGUACCACAUGGGCAUCCUGAGCCCAAAGCAGAUACCAUCAGUCAGUCUUAAAAUUUUUUUUUUCUUUUUUGCAAAGUUCAAAGUAUUUUAGAGUUUUUCUUAAUGCAGUUCUCUAGGUCGUCACUACCAGUGAGUUGGAGUUGGCAUUCAAGAUGAACCUGUUGUGCCCCAAUGCCCUGGGCUGACCUGUCCAGCUUCCUGUGUGCAGGGAGUCCAGGCACUUCAUACCUGAGCAAGCAUCCUCCAACAGUGUAGUUCAGAAAAGGUCAUCUGGCUAGCUUGUCAUUUAAGAAAGUGUGAGACUCAGUGGAAAAGUGACAGUCCCAGUGGCAGAAUGGGGACUACUGGGAGUUCUCUCCCCACUUUGCCUGUAAUUUCCCAUCCACCAGCUCUAUGCCUGCUGGGACACAGCAUAUGACCAAAGGCACACAGUCCUUCCCUAGUGAUUUCUGGGAAGGUGCCCAUCACCCCUGCUCCUGGGAUUCCUGCAGUUCUCUGACAGCUUGCUUUGUCCUUGGGACCCUGCUCCUACACCAGGGCUUCUGUCUGCAGACGGCUGCUGUACUCCCUUCUGGCCUUCUGCCCAGUGUGGUCCCUCGGGUGGGCUCUCCUGCUCAGGGGCCUUUUGCUCCUUAGCUGAUGUGUAUCCCCGUCUACCUCCACUGUGUCUGCUGCAUGCCCACUCUGACAUCCUGCCUUGUUUUACUUAAUUUAAUUUUUGUCUUUUUUUUUUUUUUUUUUUGUCUUUUUCAUUUUUAUCGAUACCAGGGAUCGAACUCACGACCGCCUGCUUGCAAGGCAGGUGCUUAUGCCGCUGAGCUAAACCCCCAGCCCCUAAUUUUUGUCUUUUUGAGAUAGGAUCUCUCCAUGCAGUUCAGGCUGACCUUGAGUUCACUUUGCAGCCCAGGCUAGUCUCAAACUUGAAAUGAUCCUCCUGCUUCAGCCUGCCAAGUGCUGAGAUUACAGUCGUGCACCACCACACCUAGCUCAUCCUGCCUUUUCUGUGCCUUGACUGUGGUGUAAAUGGAUGUUUGUGACUCCUCUGUGCUACUCAUUUUGCCUGUGAACCCCAGGCCUGCUUCAGGAGCUCCUAGGUCCAUUUUUUUCCCUUAUUCUUUCUACAUUGUGAGAAUUUACUAAUGAGUAGGCUUUACUGCAUUUUAAAGAUGAUAAAAGAGAGGACUGCAGCAUGUUUUCCUCUUUAGAUUGUCAUUGAGUCCCCAGAACCUCUACUUUUUUUUUUUUUCAUACUGGUGAUUAAACUCAGUAUCUUUAUACUGAGCUGUCCCUACCCUUUUCUUUUAAUUUUGAGAUACUCUUGCUAAGUCACUGUUGCCCAGGGUGAGCUUGAAUUUGAGAUCCCCCUGCCGCGGCCUCCCAGCAUGCUGGGAUUACAGGUAUGUACCACCAUGCUUAACUAUGUCUUUCUACAAAUUGUAUUUGCUUUUUUGGAAAUUAGACAAAAUGUUAGGUCCCUACUAUGUGCUAACAUUUGAUGCCUGUAGUCAGGUACUUGAGCGCCCAAAUACUGUCAGGCAAAAGAUCCAUGGGUUAGCUGGGCAUGGUGAUGCACAAUUGUAAUCUCAGCACUAGGGAGGCUGAGGCAAGAUGAUGGCUGCGAGUUCAAGGCCAGCCUGAACUACAGAGCUACAGAGAGAGACCCUGCCCUGCCCCGCCACCCAAAUCCAUGUGUUAUUGAGGCUGCUUUGUACUCCAAGUAACAAAAUCUGGCUUAAAGAUGCAUCAUUAAUAAAGGUACCCUCAUCUGUCAAAUCUAACAUUAGUUAAUCUGGUGGCUUACUGUUGAGUACGACUGGGCUUUUCUAUGUUUCUUCUCUCUUUUAUUGGUUUUUGUCCUCAAACUCAAUGCUAUCAUCAAAACUUGGCCACAGCCACGUUGGGCAUCUAUCCAGACAUUCAAGAUCUACAAGCAGGAAAGGGAUCAACAACUACUUGUAUCCUUCGAAGAAUAAGGAACAUGCUGAACUUUCUUCUAACAGCUGUCUCGCUUUAUAGCUUCCUGGUGUAGAAUUGCUUGUGGCACCCCAGUUGAAUUCAGUAACCAGGAAAGGAAAUGGAACCACUGCGAGUGGCUCAGUCCAGCCAAGGCUGGGAGUAGGUUUUCCUGAAGCGCACACUGGCCAUACUAGCAGGGAGAGAGUGUGAAGAAAUCAGAUGUUGGGUGGUCUGAUGGCCUGGAUGUGCGGGAUUUGGUUGCAGAUCUUACUAGGUUUUUGCUGGGUCUUGGCACGGAGUUGUCUGGGUAGAGUUUCAGCUGUCUAGUUCUGCAUGUUGGAGAUGCUGUCUGGAGGAAGCCCUGCAAUGCACAGAGCUGGGUGUAUGUGUGUAUAAUUUCUGAAUUUUUCUUUCUUUUUAAGGCCAAAUAUAUUAGUAAUCAAAGGUUACUCUGAGUACUGGGAUUGUAGCUCAGUGGUAGGGUGUUUGCCUCGCGUGCAUUGAGGCCUUGGGUUCAAUUAUCCAUGCCACAGAAAAACAAAAGUGAAAAUAAAGUUACCCUGAAUGUUUUUCCUCA